AUGAACGGCGUAAUGUUCUCGACUCUAGUCCCCCGUUGGACAACCCAAUCAUCCACACUCGUGACGACACAAAGUGACCACCCAACACCAGUUGGCUCUCUCUCCCUUGGUCAAUCAGGAAAGGAUCACGAUAGUGGAUUGCAAUUAGUUUGUCUCAGGCAAUCGCUGGUAGCGGGGAGUGAAAGUGGUGCGAUCUGA